CCGACGCGUCCGUCUGGUCCGUCCCCCGCCUGCUGCCCGGCUCUGAUGGCACGAGCGUAACGAGUCCUCGCACCAUGCACAAGAUGGGGGAUUCCUAUGCCUGCAAAGGUGGAAGGAAAACUGCAGGCUCGAACAAACCCACGGCGAGCAAAGAAAGCAGGACGGACACGAGGAUAAAUCCGCCGGCAGAGCUUCCCAAGCUCGGAAAUGCAACCAGCGACAAAGCGGAAGGCAGGAAGAAGGGACGACCCAAGGCCGAGAACCAGGCGCUGAAGGACAUUCCCCUGCCCCUGAUGAACCAGUGGAAGGACGAGUUCAAAGCACACUCCAGGGUGAAAUGCCCCAAUUCGGGCUGCUGGCUGGAGUUCCCCAGCAUUUAUGGCUUGAAGUACCACUACCAGCGUUGCCAGGGGGGAGCGAUCUCGGAGAAGCUGACGUACUCGUGCUCGUACUGUGAGGCUGCCUUUACCUCCAAGACACAGCUGGAAAAGCAUCGCCUGUGGAAUCACUUGGACCGGCCAGUGCCAAGCAGCAAAGCGGAAAGCAAAGUGCAGAAGUCCAUUGGGAAGAGCAGUGGCAAGAAAAGAGCUGCUGAGAGUUCAGCUUGCCCCACCAUCCAUCCCAAACAGGCAAAGACGGAAAAGGCCGUGGCCCAGGCGCACGCCGCGAACGGCGAGUGCCCGGCGGAGAGCCGGGAGAGCAGGGAGUUUCAGAUCGCAGCGGCAGAGGCAACUGCAGCCGCGACGCCCACGGCGAAGUCUUCGAGCUGCAAGGAUGCCGGGCAGCAGGGAGGCAGCCAGGCCUCGCUGCAGGAGGAAGACCCUGAGAGGAUGAAGCACAGAAGGAAACAGAAAACUCCUAAGAAGUUUACGGGGGAGCAGCCUUCCAUCUCGGGAACUUUUGGACUGAAAGGUCUUGUCAAAGCAGAAGACAAGGCGAAAGCCCAUCGAGCCAAGAAGCUGGAGGGGAACACCCACAUGGAGGACCUGAAGAAGAAGCCCCCAGGAGCUGGUGUGAAGAAGGAAGCGGUUGUGCAUUUACCAGCAGCAAACCCCGAGGACCAGUGGCAGCGUGAGAUCAGUGAGAAGGGAGAAGUCGCCUGUCCAACCUGCAGUGUCAUAACCCGAAAAACUGUUGUUGGGCUCAAGAAGCACAUGGAUGUCUGCCAGAAGCUGCAGGAUGCCUUGAAAUGCCAACACUGCAAAAAGCAAUUUAAGUCCAAAGCUGGUCUGAAUUACCAUACCAUGGCUGAACACGUCAGCAAGGGCUGCGUGGCCAACUUCUCCAGCCUCAUGGGGUACCAGUACCACCAGAAGCGGUGCGGCAAGCAGCUCGCCGAGGCCGACAAGCCCGUCUUCAGCUGCCCGCACUGCACCAAGAAGUACAAAUCCAAGGCUGGCCACGACUACCACGUGCGGUCGGAACACGUGGCCUCCGUGAGCCCCCCAGACGCCUCCGCGGCCCGAGGACCGGGGCCAUCCUUCCCUGUGGGGGAUUGCAGAGCUGCAGAGCCUGCGGGCAGGACCGAGCCAGGCAAGGCAGGUGCAGACAUCGAACUGAUGCCUCCAGAAGAGCCAGAGGUGAAGCCAGAGCCCCCUCCUGUAGAAGAUUUUGAAAGGACUCCAAGUGGCCGCAUCCGCCGCACGUCGGCCCAAGUGGCCGUCUUCCACCUUCAGGAGAUCGCGGAGGACGAGCUUGCCAGGGACUGGACCAAGCGGAGGAUGAAGGAUGACCUGGUACCUGAAACCAAGCGGCUCAAUUACACCCGGCCAGGACUUCCCAAGCUAAAUCCGAGGCUCUUGGAAAACUGGAAGAAUGAAGUGAAGGAGAAGGGUCACAUCAACUGUCCCAACAACUGCUGUGAAGCCAUUUACUCCAGCGUCUCCGGGUUGAAAGCUCACCUGGCCAACUGCAACAAGGGGGACCACUCGGUGGGCAAGUACCGCUGCCUGCUGUGCCAGAAGGAGUUCAGCUCCGAGAGCGGCGUCAAGUACCACAUCAUCAAGGCUCACUCGGAGAACUGGUUCCGGACCUCCGCCGAGGCCAGCCGGAAAAAGAAAAGCAGGGAACAGCUUUCUUCCAGCAAGGAGGAGAAAAAGAAAAGCACAAGCGGGAAGAAAAGAGGGAGGAAACCCAAGGAGAGGCCUCCGGAAAUGUCCCUGAAAGGCAGAGAGAGCGUGACAGCAAAGACUAAUCACAAGAAACCGCCGGAGCCCUGGGAAGGCUCCCGCGGCAGCGCCGGCGCGGAGGAGCGUGAGCCCAAGGCCCCUGCUCACCGCAAGGCCGGAGCCGGCAAGAUUCCCGAGAAAUGAGCAGCUCAGAGACUCGUCUCCGAGGAUUCGUUUACAACCCAGGGUAACAGGGUGGGGGUCGCUCCCGGUUUUCUGUCCCCUCCCCAUCCCCUUCCUUCCUUCCCGCUUCCCCCACCCUCCACUCACCCCCUUUUUACAAAAAAAAAAAAAAAAGACAAAAAAAUGCCAAUUAACCACUUUAAGCAAAGUCAUGGACCUUGUUUCACACUGGAAAGCAAACAGGAUGGAGCAAGCUGGAGCGCUGCCGCCCUCGCUG